AUGACGUCCAAAGUUCCAGCUAUCGUAAGUGCUCACUGCGGGGAGGAUAGCUCGGUCCUGAAUCGCCUCAGCGAUCGCGCCAAAGAGGCCCUCGACCUCGUCGCGAAGUUCGUCGAGGAGGAGUGUAUCCCUGCCGACCCCGUAUUGGAAGCCCAAAUCGGCCAGGGCGACGCGAGAUGGGACCACCACCCGGCCAUCGUCGACGACCUCAAAGCCAAGGCCCAGAAGCUGGGUCUCUGGAACAUGUUCCUGCCCAAAGGCCACUACAAGGAGUCUCCGGGCUUCACGAACCUUGAGUACGGCCUCAUGGCCGAGUGGCUCGGCAAGUCGAGGGUCGCGUCCGAGGCCGUCAACUGCGCGGCGCCCGACACCGGCAACAUGGAGGUGCUGGCCAAGUACGGCAACGAGGAGCAGAAGAAGACGUGGCUCAAGCCCUUGAUGGACGGCAAGAUCCGUUCUGCGUUCUUGAUGACGGAGCCCGACGUCGCCUCGUCGGAUGCUACGAACAUUCAGCUGAGCAUGCGCAAGGAGGGCAACGAAUACGUCCUCAACGGUUCGAAAUGGUGGUCUAGCGGUGCUGGAGACCCUCGCUGCUCGAUCUACAUCGUCAUGGGCAAGAGUGACCCCAACAACAAGGACGUCUACCAGCAACAGUCCGUUAUUCUGGUCCCCGCGGACACCAAGGGCAUCACGAUCCACCGCAUGCUCAACGUUUACGGCUACGACGAUGCGCCCCAUGGCCACGGCCACAUCAGCUUUAAGGACGUCCGCGUGCCCGCAAGCAAUCUCGUUCUCGGCGAAGGACGCGGCUUCGAGAUCAUUCAGGGCAGACUCGGCCCCGGCCGCAUCCACCACGCCAUGCGUACCAUCGGAGCUGCCGAGCGCGCUCUCGAAUGGAUGCUGAUGCGCAUCAACGACCCCACCAAGACGCCCUUCGGCAAGCAGCUGAGGGAACACGGCGUCAUCCUCGAGUGGGUAGCCAAGUCGCGCAUCGAAAUCGACGCCGCGCGCCUGGUCGUCCUCAACGCGGCCAUCAAGAUGGACGACCACGGCCCGAAGAAGGCCCUGAAGGAGAUCGCCGAGGCCAAGGUCCUCGUCCCGCAGACGGCGCUGACGGUCAUCGACCGGGCCAUCCAGUCCUUCGGCGCCGCCGGCGUCUGCCAGGACACCCCGCUCGCCAGCUCUUGGGCCGGCAUCAGGACGCUCCGUCUCGCCGACGGCCCCGACGAGGUGCAUCUGCAGCAGAUGGGCCGCAACGAGAACAAGAGGGGCAAGGAGGUCACGGAGAAGAUCCAGAGGCAGAAGGCGAAGACGGAGCAGCUGAUGGUGCAGUACAAGACCAAGACGGUACAGCCGGGAGCCAACAUCAACCGGUCCAAAUUGUAA